ACUGUUGACACCUACUGUAUAUCUAUCAGCUCCCCCGACUCUACCACGCCUUCAACCUUCGAAACUAUCCAGUACACAACGACCACACAACAUGUACACCAAACUCUACUUACUUGCCUCUUCGAUCAUCGUCGGCUUAGCUCAGGCUCGCGCUGUCCAGAACGGCGGCCUGACUUCGCGUGAAGAAUGUCGCAGCGGAGAAGCCGGAGGCUUCUUCAUCAACACCGUUGAACCCGGACAAGGACCGUGGUAUCCUGAAGUGAACAGUAAUAGAACAUACACCGCGAGCGAAGCUUCUGGCGAGAGCACAUGUCUGAAGAUGGACACAAUCCUGGAUGAUCUGGCGGGCAGUCAGAAGAAGUCCCAACGCAUCACCAACAUCAGUCCCAUCGCCGGCGGAUACUGCCAGUUGUAUGAGUCGAACGACUGCACCGGGGAAGCCAUGAAGCUGCCGAACCCCAAAAACUGGGAAUUAAAAUACCCCGAGUAAUAAAAUCAUCUGCCCUGGGGUGGGGCAGGACAUGAUUCCGGCCAAUUUGUGGCAGGCUGCCGGUAAGCACGGCAUAGUCUCUAUGAAGUGUUUCCGUAAUAUGCCUUGAGUGAGUCAAGAACACAACAUAGAAUAGGAUGAUACGUUUUGUUGGGCUACCAUGCUUGGCUUUAGUAUUUGGAUCUCAAGAUGUUAUGCUAUGGAAACAUGACUGGUUUCAAUUUGGCUUUGAAUGCAAUCAUUCGUCCAC